GAUCACAUGGUUGCAUCAAUCAUAAAAACAAAGAGAAAGGAAGAGAGUUAUGACUGAAGAGAGCCCAGAAGAGGAUCAUGGGUCUCCUGAAAUAGCCGAAACGAAUCCAGGAAGCCCUUCUUCAAAGACCAACAACAACAACAACAACAAAGAACAAGAUCGGUUCCUUCCCAUUGCUAAUGUCGGAAGGAUCAUGAAAAAGGUUCUUCCCGGUAACGGAAAGAUCUCGAAAGACGCCAAAGAAACCGUUCAAGAAUGCGUCUCGGAGUUCAUCAGUUUUGUCACUGGUGAAGCUUCUGAUAAGUGUCAGAGAGAAAAGAGGAAGACCAUCAACGGAGAUGACAUCAUUUGGGCCAUUACAACUCUCGGAUUCGAAGACUACGUGGCUCCAUUAAAGGUUUACCUCUGCAAAUACAGAGACACCGAGGGAGAGAAAGUUAACAGCCCAAAACAGCAACAACAACAACAAAGACAACAGCAACAACAGAUUCAACAACAGAACCAUCAUAACUACCAGUUCCAAGAACAAGACCAGAACAACAAUAACAUGUCAUGUACUAGUUACAUCUCUCAUCAUCAUCCUUCUCCAUUCCUACCCGCCGAUCAUCAACCAUUUCCCAAUAUUGCUUUCUCUCCUAAAUCAUUGCAGAAACAGUUCCCCCAGCAGCAUGAUAACAUUGAUUCCAUUCACUGGUGAGAUACUUUCGUUUUUAUUUUUUUUUCUUUUUCUUUGUUCUUUCUAUAAAUUAUAUGCUUUCUUUACCUUUUUGUGAGUACAAUCUUGAUCCUUAUAUAACAAACUGUUGCUAUAUAGACACAUUAGAUACGUACAUCGAUCUUGAUAUUUUCAGUAUUACCCAUGUCAUGAUUUUGUGUAAUAGAAUGAAUACUUAUUCAUAUA